GCCAAAAGGAGUCAAAUGUCCAACAGCAGCUCCAUCACCGAGUUCCUCCUCCUGCCAUUUGCAGACACAAGGGAGCUGCAGCUCCUGCACUUCGCGCUCUUCCUGGGCAUCUACCUGGCUGCCCUCCUGGGCAACGGCCUCAGUCUCACCGCCAUAGCCUGUGACCACCGCCUCCACACCCCCAUGUACUUCUUCCUCCUCAACCUCGCCCUCCUCGACCUGGGCUGCAUCUCCACCACUGUCCCCAAAGCCAUGGCCAAUUCCAUCUGGGACACUAAAGCCAUCUCCUACUCAGGAUGUGCUGCACAGUUCUUUUUUUUCCUCUUUUUGAUAUCAGCGGAAUAUUGCCUUCUCACCAUCAUGUCCUAUGACCGCUAUGUUGCCAUCUGCAAGCCCCUGCACUACGGGAACCUCCUGGGCAGCAGAGCUUGUGCCCAGAUGGCAGCAGCUGCCUGGGGUAGUGGCUUUCUCUAUGCUUUGCUGCACACUGCCAAUACAUUUUCCCUGCCCCUCUGCCAAGGCAAUGUUGUGGAUCAGUUUUUCUGUGAAAUCCCUCAGAUCCUCCAGCUCUCCUGCUCAGAUUCCUACCUCAGGGAACUUUGGGUACUUAUGGUUGGUAUUUGUUUUGCAUCUGGCUGUUUUGUUUUCAUUCUUUUUUCCUAUGUACAGAUUUUCAGUGCUGUGUUGAGGAUGCCCUCUGAGCAGGGCCAGCACAAAGCCUUUUCCACAUGCCUCCCUCACCUGGCUGUGGUCUCCCUCUUUGUCAGCACUGGCUUUUUUGCCUACCUCAAGACCCUCUCCUUCUCCUCCCCAACCCUAGAUCUUGUGAUGGCAGUUCUGUACUCGGUGGUGCCCCCAACAUUGAACCCUCUUAUCUACAGCAUGAGAAACAAGGAGCUCAAGAGUGCUAUUAGGAAAGGAAUUUCAUGGACAUUUCUGAAUGGUAAUAAACUUUUCCUCUUUCUCCACAAAUGACUUCCUGGGUAUGCUUUGAAGGCCUGGUACUUGUUUCAUUAAGAGUAUUGUUAUUUUUAUCUUUAUCCUUAGUUUUCUUUCCAUUUUUUACUUUCUUAUAAAAGCUUAUUGUUCAUCCAGCAUCUCCUGAAGUAUUAAACUGCUCUGUUUACUCUGCACAGUUUUUCCCUCCCUGCAUGUCAGAGUCAACUCUCCUUUAGCAUCUGCUUAAUAAAACAGCAUC